UUACGUGAUUCGUCUCCGUCGAGAUUUCAGCGUAAAUCUUUAAGCUUUCUGCUUGCUUGCAGAGAAGAGAAUGGCGGCCGCAUGGGGCGCGUUUUGGGGAACUAGAGUUCUAGAGAUAGUCAAGAAGCACGAUUCAGGUGGUCUUCUUUGGAAGAGGAUCAAACUCACCUCCACUCGCAAAGCCAACGCCAAGAAACGCCUCCGCCGCGUUUGGCAGAAUGAGGCUGUUUUGAGGGCAUGUUCUGAGCCAUCGCCCCAAGAACUAUCACAAGCUGAAGGCAUGAAAAUUCCUUCCAAGGAGACCUAAAUAUUCGAAGAUUAGCUUGGGAAAAUAGGAGUUAUAAGCUUCUUUUUCAGAUCUUUGGAUAGGAAAAAGAAAAUUGGAAACUAUUAUGUGUAUCUGUAUUCUUUUCUUUGCACCCAACUAAUCAGUUGGAAGUUUGGAUGAAAUGAAAAUUUCUGCUUUGUCAA